AUGUGUGGGGUAUUGGGUAUUGCACUAGGAGACCAAACAAGCGCGGUGGCUCCAGAGCUGUUUGACGGUUGCUUGUUUCUACAACACAGAGGCCAGGAUGCAGCUGGUAUUGCAACCUGUGGCCAGAGGGGAAGACUGUAUCAAUGUAAAGGUAAUGGUAUGGCCCGUGAUGUGUUCACUCAGCAAAGAAUGGCUAACUUGGUUGGCUCCAUGGGUAUUGCGCACUUGCGUUACCCAACUGCCGGGUCUAGUGCCAACUCUGAGGCUCAGCCGUUCUAUGUCAACAGUCCUUACGGUAUCCUUUUGGGACACAACGGUAAUCUUGUUAACACGCUUUCUCUCAGAAGAUACAUGGAUGAAGACGUGCACAGACACAUUAACACUGAUAGUGACUCCGAACUUCUUCUGAACAUUCUUGCCGCAGAACUUGAGAAGCACAACAAGUACCGUGUUAACAAUGAUGAUAUUUUCCAUGCUCUUGAAGGCGUUUACCGCUUGUGCCGCGGCGGCUACGCAUGCGUCGGUAUGCUUGCCGGAUACGCUAUGAUCGGCUUUAGAGAUCCUAAUGGGAUCAGACCACUGUUAUUUGGCGAAAGAACAAGACCAGAUGGAACGAAAGACUAUAUGCUAGCGUCCGAAAGUGUUGUGCUCAAAGCCCAUAACUUCAACAACUUCCGCGACUUGGCUCCGGGCGAGGCUGUUAUUGUUCCCAAAGACUGCGGCAACACUGCACCAGAGUUCAAACAGGUUGUGCCGAUCAAUUCCUACAGGCCGGACCUUUUUGAAUACGUGUAUUUUGCUAGACCUGACAGUGUGCUCGACGGGAUUUCCGUCUAUCACACUAGACUAGCUAUGGGUGUCAAACUGGCGGAAAGCAUUAGAAAGGAGAUUGACCCCAAUGAUAUUGAUGUUGUAGUGUCCGUGCCCGACACUGCACGUACUUGCGCAUUACAGUGCGCUAACACCCUACAAAUCCCUUAUCGUGAGGGGUUCGUGAAGAACAGAUACGUUGGUAGAACCUUUAUUAUGCCAAACCAGAAGGAGCGUGUUUCUUCAGUCAGAAGAAAGCUCAACGCUAUGGAUUCCGAAUUUAAAGGAAAGAGGGUUUUGGUUGUCGAUGACUCCAUUGUCAGAGGUACCACUUCAAAAGAAAUCAUCAGCAUGGCUAAAGAGGCUGGUGCUUCGAAAGUGUAUUUUGCGUCAGCUGCUCCAGCUAUUCGUUAUAACCACAUAUAUGGCAUUGAUUUAGCCGAUACGAAACAACUGGUGGCUUUCGAUAAAUCUACGGAAGAGGUCAGCCAAGAGCUUGGGUGCGAUAGAGUUUUCUACCAAUCUCUUGAAGACCUAGUCGACUGCUGCAAGACCGACAAGAUUUCAAAGUUCGAGGUGGGGGUUUUCACCGGAAACUACGUCACUGGAGUUGAGGAUGGCUACCUCCAAGAGCUCGAAAAAGUGCGUGCUUUGAACGCUGCUAAGCAAAACUUUGCCAAAGCUGAUUCAGACAUAGGCUUAUAUAACAGUGCGGACUUCUGA